UGACCCGGCUCUCUUCUCGUGACUUCAUCGUCCCCAUUUCAGUGAUCCUGAGGUCUCUACUGCUUAAAAUCCUUUCCCUCUCAGGUGAUAGAUACCAAAUCACAAGAUUCAGAGUUUUUGGUUACAGAAGUAAAACGAUGCAUCCUCCACUUACCCCACAUAGACAUCCUCUGUGUCUUGAGAUAAUUGAGGAGUUCCAAAAGUGUCAUUUAGAGCAUCCCAUUGGUAAAUUCUUCGGGGAGUGUACAGAGCUGAAAGUAAAGCUUGAUCGGUGUUUCCGCCAAGAGAAAGCUGUGAAGCGGAAGGUAAAUUUCGAACGAAGCAAGAAGCUUCAAGAAAGGCUCAAAACUAUAAGGAAAGAAGAAACUGCGGAGACUUGAACAUAUGUUUAUUUUGAAAAGAAACACGUUUAUGAUGGAUCCAGGAGGAAGAGUUUGAUUACAACACUCUUUGUCUAGUAAAUGAGCGAAAAACAUGGGUUUAUACAUCUAUUGAUUAGGGAUUUAAAAUGAGUUGGUUAUAGGAGUGUAGAAAGCUAAUUAGCUUGGUCUGCAACGAUUAUGUGACUGCAGGUUAAUUAAAUGCUGUAAAUAAGAUAUCUUGGUCUACAAGAUUUUUUUUGUAAGAACAAAAUUUUCACACGUUAGGAAAAUUUGUGACUUCA